AUGACUUGUAACAAUUCCCUCGAGAACAAGCAGCUCGAUAUCCUCGGUAGUGUCCCAUCGCUGUUCAAACUAUACACGCAGAUCUCUUUCAUCUACGCAUCUGGCGGCAAGGAUCAGCACCAAAUCGAAUACCAUGUCACAACCACUUUGCGGCGUGGACUCGAUGAUCUGUCUAAACAGCUGCCGUGGCUGAGUGGCAAAGUGGUCAACGAAGGAUCGAGCCCAGGCAAGACGGGCACGUGUUGCAUUGUAAAGACAUCCGAGAUCCCGCUCGUUGUCAAACAUUUCGACAAGGCAGCGUUGACUAUCGAAAAACUCGAUGAUGCUAGGUACCCCUUUACAAUGCUCGAUGAAGGGCUCGUUGCGCCGUGUAUGACGCUGAAUCUGCCAGGACAACAAGUGGGACUCGUUGCAGAGACAGGCCCGGUGUUGGCGGUCCAGCUCAAUUUUAUGCCGGACGGCCUCAUUCUCACAAUCGUAGCUCAGCACAAUGUGAUGGACAUGGUCGGUCAGACGAGCAUCAUGACCUGGCUCUCCAAUGCGUGUCGAGGCACAAGACUGACUCAAGAAGAGCUUGCCAUUGCCACCAUUGACAAGAGCAGAGUGUUGACUCUUUUCGACAAAGACUGGACGCCGGACGAGGCAUGGCUAGAUCGCUUGCAAAUCAAGCCUGCUGCCGCCACACAGACACAGGCACAAGAUGGUACAUCGCCCACAGUCACAUGGGGCUAUGUUGCCUUCUCGAUGGAAUCGGUUGCUGCGCUGAAGAGGAUAGCGACAGAAACCAAAGAUUCGGACAGCAGCUACAUCACCUCUGACGAUGCUGUCUGCGCCUUAAUCUGGAAGUGCCUGUCUCGCGCCAGAGCAACAAGGCUCGACGCAAACAGCUCCACCGUCUUUGCCCGUGCCGUCGACCUUCGGGCUCGCAUGGGUGUGCCAACAAGCUAUCCUGGCACCUUGACCAAUAUGACGUACAACCAUUCUUUGCUCGAUACCGUCAGCGCAGAACCGUUGGGCAAGAUCGCUGCCAACCUUCGUAGCCAGCUCAACUCACCGAAGUUGGCUCGUGACACACGCGCUCUUGCCACGGUUCUCGAUCGAUCGGAUGACAAGGGCAGUCUCAGCAUCACGGCGCCCGUAGACUCAUCCACAGGCAUCAUGCUCAGCUCGUGGGCUUCGGUCAAGCUUUACGACCUCGAUUUCGGUCUCGACCUCGGGCACCCUCUUGCUGUUCGACGUCCUGCGUUUAUCCCCGUCGAGAGUCUGAUGUACAUCAUGCCCAAGAGCCCCUCCUCCGGUGGUGCGAUUGUUGGCAUGUGUCUGCGGGAACAAGACUGGACGCAGCUAAGCCACGAUGGCGAGUGGGCGCAAUAUGCAUCGUAUAUCGGUUGA